AUGAACAGAUAUGAAACAGCUGAUCAUGAUUAUAUGCAUGCCAAGGAUUACUUUAAUAACUAUAAAUUCGGAUAUAUUGAGAGAACUACAAAGACUCUUCUUCUUCAAAGUCUAAGGCCAGAAGACAGGCAGAAUGAAGAUCUGCUUACUAUACUAAACCAAAGCAAAUCCCAACUGAAGGAUGUCAAGUCUAUUGGCAAGGAAGCUUCUAAAUCUAUUUCUGAACUAUCUGAACUUAUUUAUGAGGCAAGAAACAAGCUCUCGAGAUAUGAGGAAAUGCUAAAGUACGAAACAGAAAGAGAAAAGAGCCUUAAAGAAGAAUGCACCCGAUUUGAAAGCCUUGACGAGAACCUGAAGGUCUACGAUGAGCUUACGGCGCAAUUUGAUAGAGGGUGUAAAGAGAUGCAAGUGAAUAUUGAAAAGAUAAAUGUCCUUAAGGAAGAAAUAGCAAUGAUGAGCACCAAUGAAGCCGAAGAAGAGCUAAAAAGUAUCAAGAACCGAAGAGAUAAGCUUUGUGGAAAGCAGAAAAGGCCUUCUCUGAUAACGAUGGAAAGUUAUAUAGAGAAUUCAUACAAUUGGUAUAGAAAGGCACUUGAAUUUAUCAAAAAUGUUUUCGGUAUAAGCCUUGUUACAAUUGAGCAGGAAAACAAUGAAAUGUACAUGAGGCUUAAAGCUUCUACAUGCGAGAUAGGGAUAUUUGUGAGAGACGGGCGAAUGAUUGAGUCCAAACUAUAUAAUACCAGUGAUGAAAGCUUGAUGUCGUUGUUUCCAGCUCUGAACAAGUUUGCUGUAUCUAUUAAUGACCCACGUACACUACUUAUGUUAGUCGCAAACAGAUGCACGACAUCUGAGGAUUGA